AUGAUCCUCCUCAGCCUUUCCCUGCAAGUCUUCCUCUUCCUCUUCGCGGGCAUGCGGAGGCGCAGCUCGAAAUGGUUCCUGCAAACCGUCCUCUGGCUUGCGUACCUGUCGGCCGACUCGGUGGCCGUCUUCGUGCUGGGCCACCUCGCGGUCCGUGCGAGAGAGCCUGGCCACGAGCUCAUGUCCUUCUGGGCGCCCUUCGUGCUCGUUCACCUGGGCGGGCAGGAAACCAUCACGGCCUUCUCCAAGCAGGACAACGAGCUGUGGCGGAGGCACCUGCUGAACCUGGUCAUCCAGGCAGGGGUCGCUGGGUACGUGGUGGCUAAAGCUUCUUGGCCGGACGCCCGGCUCAGGGCGGCUAUGGUGAUCAUGUUCGCCUGUGGGUGCCUCAAGUACGCCGAGCGUGUCUGUUGCCUCUACCUUGCCGACACAGACCGGCUCAGGCGGUGGAACAAGUCUAAUUUGAGGAUCAAGCUAGAGGGGUGGCAUCAGCAUGUGCGAGGCAAGGGGUGGUUUUCGAGAGAAAGCGGAACCAGAGAUAAAGCCGAAGAAAACAUGAGGGUGACACUUGAGAUGAUGAAGAAAGGUAGUUCAUCAGAGCCACCAAGUGGACUGUUCUGGGACGCCGUGACACUCGUAUCUGAUAUCAUCUCAAUGGAUGCUCCCCUCAACCAGACACAGAACAUCACUGUAGGUGCUUAUGGUGAUCUUCUACCAGUCAUGCUCAAGGGGUUUCUGUCUAGCGAAAGCCGCCACAGUGCCUACGAGCAUGUUGGAGCACUUCUGGAACAUUGCUACAGCCGACUUUAUACCAAAGACCAUCUUCGAUUUUGUUUCUUUCAAUCCUUUGACCGGGUUCCUCAUCCCAUUUUGAAAACUUGUCUACGCAUCUCCUACUUGGCAAUCCUCCUCCUCAUGGUUUUUUCAAUCGUAACAGCCACCACAAUAGCACUGGCACUCUUCCGAGCCGCCGAGAAGGGGGGCCAACUCCACGAUAGCAGCAGAGUUGAUAUCACGGUAACCUACCUACUGCUUGUAGGAGCCAUAGCCCUAGAUGUGUCCUCUGCCGCACUCUUCAUUUUCCCCUACUUGAGCUUCUAUCGUCCAUGCCUAGCCAAGUGUAUUCAGUCUGUCUUGUUGCCGUGCUGCACCAAACAGUGGUCCCAACAGCUCGGACAAUACAACAUCAUCAAUACUGCAGGCAUGUCUUUCAUUGGGAAAUGGUUUGCCUGCGAUGUUGAAAGCAAACCCGUCACAAAGUCCAUCAAAGAGUUCAUCCUAGACACUUUGUUAGUCUCAGGUACAAGAAAAGAAUGGAGGAUUGCCAGCACCCGUGGUCAGCUAGCACUCCACUAUUAUCGGAUGGACCACCACCAGCAUGAUGAACAUUAUUCACCUGAUAAACAUCCUGCCAAGACGACGACAACAUUGAAGCUACUAGGGGAGACCUUCGGAAGCAGUGCUGACUUCCCGACAAGCGUCCUCAUCUUGCACAUUGCAACAGACAUAUGCUACCACUUUGGAGGUACUAAUCAUUCUGAUCCAGAUCAUGAUGAAGCAGCGGUGAUGAAGCACAAGCAGACGAGCACAGAACUAUCAAACUACAUCAUGUACCUUGUCUUCAAGUCCGGUGUGAUGCUUACUAUCAACUCCCAGAUCGUACAUGACAGAACCCGUGGUGAAAUUGCCGAACUUUUACCACAGCCUCCAAAUGUUCAUCGAAGAAACAAGGAUGCUCCUGUCAUGAAGCUUUUUGAAGCAAUUAAAAAGCAAGAAGAAGAAGACUCGAUGGGUGAAAUCCAGAUCAGGCAUCACCCCGAACUAGAGAAACAACAAGAUCCAACGACUGAAAUUGAGAACCAAGAAUCAGCUAACAUUUAUGAUGAUAAUACUGAUGAUGAUGAUCAUACGAAGAAACUCAAGAGGAGCUUUAAAACUCUCAAUUCCCCGGUGCUGCCCCGUGCAAUUGCGGUAGCCCAAGAGCUCAUCGGCAUCAAGAAUGAAGCUGAGCGUUGGGAACUCAUCGCCAAGGUGUGGGCGGAGAUGCUUUACUACACCGCGCCUCGUUGCGGGGGUGGUUUCCACUACGAGCAUCUUAGCACCGGUGGUGAGUUUGUCUCACAUGUUCUCCUUCUCAUGUAUUAUCUUGGUCCUUUCCUGCCGCCACCCCUUGAUGCUUGA